AUGUAUGAACUGUUUUCGAGGGGUUCGAUUUUACCAUUUCAAAAUUUUGAAACCGAUUUUGAUACAAGAGGUUUUUUUUUGGGGGAGAAACCGGAAAAUGAAGCAGUAACCCUUCUUGCCACUGCGACCAGCAGUGAGUACCGCGAGAAGUUCAUCCCUUCUCUGAACGCCAUUCUGUACGGACCUGGUCGCAAGGGCCUCGCCAGCACUUACGAUGAAGCUCGUGCCUACUGCAACAGAACUGGCGGUAGGAUGUUGAAGAUCAUGGACAAGCGUCAAGAGAAUGAUAGUAUUGAAUUUAUGGCAAGUGAAUUCCAGUCAGUGCUGAACGUCACCGAUUAUGUUGUCCUCGGUUUAAAGUGGAGACCGUCCAUCUAUGAAACUGAUGAAAGAAAUGCGAAACUUGAGUUUUUUUGGUGA